AUGCCGCCUUCCCCUUGUGCGCUCUGCAAAGUGAACCGCGCCCUCAUACUCCGACCAAAAGACCACUCCAAGCUCUGCAAAACCUGCUUCAUCACCGUCUUCGAAACCGAAAUCCACCACACCAUCAUUGCCAAUGCGCUCUUCCACCGCGGCGAGAAAAUCGCAAUCGGCGCCUCUGGUGGCAAGGAUAGCACCGUCCUCGCCAGUGUUCUCAAAACCCUCAACGAGCGCUACGAUUACGGUCUUGACCUCAUCCUCCUCUCCAUCGACGAGGGCAUCAAGGGCUACAGAGAUGACAGUUUAGAGACGGUGAAGAGGAACGCAGAGCAGUAUGGCAUGGAGUUGACGAUACUAGGGUACGAAGAGUUGUAUGGGUGGACAAUGGACCAAGUUGUUGCGCAGGUGGGGAAGAAGGGAAACUGCACAUAUUGUGGGGUCUUCCGAAGGCAGGCGUUAGAUCGUGGGGCGAGUAGGCUGGAGGUGAAGCACGUGGUUACGGGGCAUAACGCUGAUGAUGUUGCCGAAACGGUAUUGAUGAAUUUACUUCGAGGCGACCUCCCCCGCCUCUCCCGUACUACCUCCAUAAUUACCUCCACGCCCUCUGCCUCCGCCAACCCUUCCUCGAAUACCAAUAUUAAACGCAGCAAGCCACUCAAAUACGCCUACGAAAAGGAAAUCGUCCUCUACGCACACCACAAGAAUCUCGAUUACUUCAGUACAGAAUGCAUAUAUUCGCCCGAGGCCUUCCGUGGCAGUGCACGCGCCUUAAUCAAAAACCUCGAACGCGUGAGGCCGAGCGCUAUUCUAGACGUUGUGAGAAGCGGAGAGGAUAUGGCGAAGUUGGUACCAGGGAGUGACGAGGGAUGCGGAGGCGUGUGUUCGAGUAGCGUGCCAGCUGCAGAGGAGGAGGAAGGCGGAUGUGGAAGUGCACAAGGACGAAGUUCAGGCGGGGAGAUGGCGAGCGUAGAAGCACAGCUCCGACAGAACGACGCAGCCAGCGAGCAUAAUCUCGAAACGGAGAUCACAACUGCGGGCGGUAACGGCAGCGGAAAGCAGCACGGGCGGCACGAUAGUGGUGCUGCGCCACUCUCGACUGCCGGGAAGAAGGGAAAGAAAGGAUUUACGCCUAGAAAGGCGAAUAAGCAGGUCAUGGGCCGGUGCAAAAAGUGCGGAUACCUCUCGAGUCAAGACGUCUGCAAGGCUUGCGUCCUGCUGGAAGGCCUGAACAAAGCUAGACCGAAGAACAGCAUUGAAGUCGCCUACGAGGUGCAGGAUGUGAGUGUCAAUAGUAUCAAAGAUGAGCUGAAGAAGACGAGCAUUGGAGCCGAUUGA